AUGGCUGCAAAGGCAACACUUGCAGCAGACAGAGCACUCUGCUAUCCCACAUCUGUUGCUCAUCAAGACACUGCUCGGCUUGCUGUCCAAGCCCGCAGCAUUGACUUGCUGUCUUCGCAAAGCUCAUCAUCUCGAGACAUACCAUCACAUGUCGGUACUUCCCAACUACUACAAGCACUCCAACAACCUUGA